GCACCCUAUUCCUUUGGUUGUUUUGGCCCAGUUUUAAUUCUGCUAUUGCAAAUGACUCAGGCCACCGGACUAUAGCAAUUGUCAACACUUACUACUCCCUUGCUGCAUGUACUGUUGUAACAUUUGCCCUUUCCAGCCUGGUGGAUGAGAGAGGCAAAUUUAGUAUGGUUCUCAUUCAAAAUGCCACGCUGGCAGGAGGAGUAGCUAUAGGCACCUGCGCUGACAUGUCAAUCUACCCUUUUGCUGCCAUGUGCAUUGGGAGCUUUGCUGCAAUCAUCUCUGUCCUUGGGUUCAAGUUCUUGACUCCUUUAAUGGCCUCCAAGCUGCACAUUCAAGACACUUGUGGAGUCCAUAAUUUACAUGGUUUACCUGGAAUACUGGGAGGUGUUGCAGGCAUCAUUGCAACUGCAGUGAGAAACGAAAGAAG